GCGGUGAUGUCAUGAUGGUUAACUUUACCCAAUCCGUCUGCCCCGGUCCCGCACCAGUCAGCGGGGAACAACACAGUCUUUUUAUGUGACAGAAGAAAGCAGUAACUCCUCCCGCAGAAGUACGGGAAAACGGCUUUGUAUGAAGAAGCGUAACUUUACGCACAGGCAGCAGACAGUGGAUCAAACUGAACCCACAGACGUAGUAGUCUACAACCCACACAGAACCCGUGGGGCUCUGAAGAAUAAGAAAAUGAAUCGGAGCUUAAGUAAAUCGCAGUCUUUGCAGUAUCGUGCGACAGUGGAAGUGAAAAGCAAAUAUGGAGCAGAGUUCAGAAGGUUUUCCAUUGACCGCUCCAACCCUGGGGAGUUCCAAGAUUUCUACAAGCUCAUCCUGUGCCUGCACCGUCUAACCAGCAUUGAUGUCAUAAUUGGCUAUGCAGAUAUCCAGGGAGAGCUACUACCCAUCAAUAACGAUGACAACUUCUGCAAGGCCGUGUCCACUGCUCCCACCUUACUGCGGAUCUUCAUACAGAGACAAGAGGAAGUAGACGACAAUACCUUCUGCCCUAAUGCCACUGUGACACGCCGGAGGAAGGUGCCAGUGAUCCCCCUCCCACGCGUCGACGUGAACCGCAAAAGGCCCACGGUCCACAUCAGCAGGCCGCAAGACUUCCGUCCCAUCUCGUCCAUUAUUGACACAGAUUUCCUGCCCGCAUCUCAGCGCCGGGUGCGCCUUUACCGCCAGGGCUCAGAGAGGCCCCUGGGGUUCUAUAUCCGGGAUGGGACCACUGUGAGGGUGACUCCCCACGGCCUGGAGAAGGUACCUGGGAUCUUCAUCUCACGGCUGGUCCCUGGAGGCCUGGCUGAGAGCACAGGGCUGCUGGCCAUCAACGACCAGGUGCUAGAGGUGAAUGGGAUUGAGGUGAUGGGCAAGGUGUUAGACCAGGUGACAGACAUGAUGAUCGCAAACAGUCACAAUCUUAUCAUCACGGUGAAGCCGGUGAACCAGCGUAAUAACAUAGUGCGUACCGGCAGCUGGAUGUCGGGGAUAAACUCAGGCAGUGUCAGCUCUUUAGACUACCAGAGUUACCACAGCAUGCCCAUCUGUCAGAGUUACCACAGCAUGCCCAUCUGUGUGGGAGCCUACAGCUUCACUGAUGACGAGCUGCAGAGCGACGAGGACUUGGACAUUGUGAUUGAGAGAAGACUCAGAAACUCAUCCCGUCGCUCCAGUGCAUCCACCUCCACAGCCUCCCGUUCCCAGGCUUGGUCCCAGCCCCAGCAGAGUCCUAGGCCUUCUCCUAGGCCAUCCACCCGGCGCCCUCCCCGUCGGCCUUACUCUGUCAUCUCCUCAACCUCCUAUCACUCACAGCCCAGCCUCACUAACCUGAACCUCAGACUGAACCGAGACCUGACCCUGCAGCAGCACUAUGGCAGCAGCCCAGCCAUCAGGGAGAUGAAUGGAGGUGUGUUUAACCACAGCAGCCUGCUCACCCUGAGGACAGAGCUACGACGCAGCCUGGUGCUACAGAGGGGAGGGGUGGAGGAGGACGGAAUGGUCAUCACCUUGUGAUUCUACUGUCAGAUUCUAGAACACUACAAACCACAGGGCGAUGCUGGGGAGAGGACGGAAUGGUCAUCACCUUCUGAUUCUACAGUCAGAUUCUAGAACACUACAAACCACAGGGAGGGGAGGACGGCACAUAAAAAUGGCCAGAAUUAAGUGAAUGGUAUGGUAUAAAACACGUGUUUGAUGAAAUCACGUGUUUGAUGUUUUUGAUACCAUUCCACUCAUUCUGCUCCAGCCAUUACCACAAGCCUGUCCUCCCUAAUUAAGGUGCCACCAACCUCCUGUGCUACAGACACUGCCAGCCUUUGUUAUACCUUUUCUAUACUUGAGACUGAGGAGACGUUUGUUAUUGGCUGGGUUCCAAAUGUCACCCCAUUUCCUAUAUAGCGCACUGCUUUGACCUGGACCCUGGUCACAAGUAGUGCACUGUAAAGGGAAUAGGGUGUUGAUGAUUCAUUGUGAAUUCAGGGAUCUGACCUUUAGAACCCACUUAAAUGUUGUCCCUCUCAGCGUCAGUCUCUCAGCACAUGUGAAACCACAAAGCGGAGCGCCUCAGCAUUUAAUAUGGAAAUAGUCAUGAAACACCAUUAUGUAUUAUUAGUAAAUCCAGUUUUGGCACUUGUUGUUAUACUGGGAAUGUACAUGUCCUUUAUAUGUACUGCUGAUGCAUUGAGUAGAGGGAAUGUAUUAUUAAAGCUACAGCACUGUUGUGGUUCUAUUAUGUCUCCCAAGUGGCACAGCGGUCUAAGGCACUGCAUCUCAGUGCUAAAGGUGUCACUACAGACCCUGGUUCGAUUCCAGACUGUAUCACAACCGGGCCGUGAUUGGGAGUCCCAUAGGGCGGCGCACAAUUGGCCCUCAUUGUAAAUAAGAAUUUGUUCUUAACUGACUUGCCUGGUUAAAUAAAGGUUAAAUAAAUAUGUCUAAUGCCAUUUAUGAGGAAUAAAUCCUUAACUAUCCCCUUACCAAAAUAUCAAGCCAUUACGUGUGUCCCAAUGUCAUUAUGAAUUGUGUCAUUAUGAAUUGUGUCAUUAUGAACUGUGUCAUUAUGAAUUGUGACAUUAUGAACUGUGUCAUUAUGAACUGUCAUUAUGAACUGUGUCAUUAUGAACUGUGACAUUAUGAACUGUGUCAUUAUGAACUGUGACAUAAUGAACUGUGACAUAAUGAACUGUGACAUAAUGAACUGUGUCAUUAUGAACUGUGUCAUUAUGAAUUGUGACAUUAUGAACUGUGACAUUAUGAACUAUGUCAUUAUGAAUUGUGACAUUAUGAACUGUGUCAUUAUGAACUGUCAUUAUGAACUGUGUCAUUAUGAACUGUGACAUUAUGAACUGUGUCAUUAUGAACUGUGUCAUUAUGAACUGUGUCAUUAUGAACUGUCAUUAUGAACUGUGUCAUUAUGAACUGUCAUUAUGAACUGUCAUUAUGAACUGUGUCAUUAUGAACUGUGUCAUUAUGAACUGUGUCAUUAUGAACUGUGUCAUUAUGAACUGUCAUUAUGAACUGUGUCAUUAUGAACUGUGACAUUAUGAACUGUGUCAUUAUGAACUGUCAUUAUGAACUGUGUCAUUAUGAACUGUGUCAUUAUGAACUGUGUCAUUAUGAACAGUGUCAUUAUGAAUAGUGUCAUUAUGAACAGUGUCAUUAUGAACUGUGUCAUUAUGAACUGUGUCAUUAUGAACUGUGACAUUAUGAACUGUGUCAUUAUGAACUGUGUCAUUAUGAACUGUGUCAUUAUGAACUGUGUCAUUAUGAACUGUCAUUAUGAACUGUGACAUGAAUUGUGACAUAAUGAACUGUGUCAUUAUGAACUGUGACAUUAUGAACUGUGUCAUUAUGAACUGUGACAUGAAUUGUGACAUAAUGAACUGUGUCAUUAUGAACUGUGACAUAAUGAACUGUGUCAUUAUGAAUUGUGACAUUAUGAAUUGUGACAUAAUGAACUGUGACAUAAUGAACUGUGACAUUAUGAACUGUGUCAUUAUGAAUUGUGUCAUUAUGAACUGUGACAUAAUGAACUGUGACAUAAUGAACUGUGUCAUUAUGAAUUGUGACAUUAUGAAUUGUGACAUAAUGAACUGUGACAUAAUGAACUGUGACAUUAUGAACUGUGUGAGCCACUGGCAUUUGUUUUCUGUGAGUUUUCAGCCCUUUUGUCCACAGGCUUUGAUUAAAGAGUAUGUGGGCUAAAUAUCAA